AUGGAUUGCAGUAACCAGCUUUCGUCGUCCGUCAUGAUGAGGCUACGGGCCUCUCGCCCUUCUUGUGUUUCUUUCGGACGGUUGUCUUACGUGGCCAGAGCGACAGGAGAUCGGUCUGCUCUUCCGGGGGGGAAGGCAAGACUCUCAUUCGUCAGCGUUGCCGCUGUCUUUCUACUCUGUCUCGACGGGCGCCAAUCUCCCAUCAUACCCGCGGAGUGUGUUCUCUCCGUUCAGCGUCUCCCGGGGGGACAUCUGCCGAUGGAGCCCACAAAUCCCGGCGCCGUCUACGUAGCGAAGCGUAGCAAUAUGGCCCUGAAGCCUGGAAGGAUGGAGAAUAUACGCAGGACGCAGGUUAUUGGUAGAGCCGAUCAGUUCACUAGAAGCCGCAACGGCGCGUCUGACUAUCUAUCCCUUUUGGAGUUGAGCGCAAAACAGAAGCAGAAGAAAGAUGACGACGACGAAGGAUCAGAGGACACUGGCGACGACGAGGAAGAACAGGCAGGGUCAGCAAAAGAAGGGGGGGACUCAGAAAAGGAAGAGAGGGAUUCGGAAGCAGAGGGAAAGGGUUCCAGAAAAGAAGAGAGUGCAGGUGGAGGUGAGAGCUCGGAGGACGGCGCGGGGCACCAUGCAUCUUCUACAACAGAGGAACGUGCCGGCAAGGAACACACUCAUGGAGAGAAGCCGGAAACAGGGGACGCUUCAGAAGAAAGUAAAAAGCCAACUGAGUCUCACCAUGAAGCGGGAGAGAAACAGUCAUCUCAACCUGCUGACGAUUUUGAACCGGACGAAGACGGGACUGGCGACAAAUACAAGGUGCAGUUCAAUUUUGAGCCAGAGCUCCUGAUCCCGAGUGACCUGAGGGCAAAAGUGAAGCAACGGAAGGUUGUAGCGGAUGGCGUACAGUGGUUCCAAGUGGGAACUGAAGAGCCCACAAAACUGCUCAAAGUAGAAGGCGCCACUGGGAAGGACAAAUUUUUACAUCACGUACACGUGGCCAAUUCGCACUAA